GACGAAGACGGAACCGAAGCCGGGCACAGGCAGUGGACGCGGUCCCGCCGAGAGCCGAAGAUGGCAGUGAACGUAUACUCGACGUCCGUCACCAGUGAUAACCUAAGUCGACAUGACAUGCUGGCCUGGAUCAAUGAGUCUCUGCAGCUGAAUCUGACAAAGAUCGAACAGUUGUGUUCAGGGGCUGCCUAUUGUCAGUUUAUGGACAUGCUGUUCCCUGGCUCCAUUGCCCUGAAAAAAGUGAAAUUCCAGGCUAAGCUAGAACACGAAUACAUCCAGAACUUCAAAAUACUACAAGCAGGUUUUAAGAGAAUGGGUGUUGACAAAAUAAUUCCUGUGGACAAAUUAGUAAAAGGAAAGUUUCAGGACAAUUUUGAAUUUGUUCAGUGGUUCAAGAAGUUUUUUGAUGCAAACUAUGAUGGAAAAGACUAUGACCCCGUAGCUGCCAGACAAGGUCAAGAAACUGCAGUGGCUCCCUCCCUUGUUGCUCCAGCUCUGAACAAACCGAAGAAACCUCUCAGCUCUAGCAGUGCAGCUCCACAGAGGCCCAUUGCGACCCACAGAACUACUGCAACCCCUAAGGCUGGCCCAGGUGUGGUGCGAAAGAAUCCUGGUGUGGGCAACGGGGAUGACGAAGCAGCUGAAUUGAUGCAGCAGGUCAACGUAUUGAAACUUACUGUUGAAGACUUGGAGAAAGAGAGAGAUUUCUACUUUGGAAAGCUAAGGAACAUUGAAUUGAUUUGCCAGGAGAACGAGGGGGAAAACAACCCUGUAUUGCAGAGGAUCGUGGACAUUCUCUACGCCACAGACGAAGGCUUUGUGAUCCCUGAUGAAGGGGGCCCACAGGAGGAGCAAGAAGAGUAUUAACAGCCUGGACCAGCAGAGCAACAUCCGAAUUCUUCACUCCAUAUCAUGUGCUUAACUGUAAAAUAUUCCCUUUUAUUAUUCUUAGAGGACUCACUGGUUUCUUUUCAUGAGCAAAAAGUACCUCUUCUUAAAGUGUACUUUGCAGAAGUUUCACUCUUUUUCCAAUGAGUUUGAGUUAGGAGCUUUCACCUUGUAGCGGAGCAGUAUUAACACCUAGCUGGCUCACCUAGGGAGCAGAGAGGCCGACCAUGGGGCUCCCCGUGUGGACGCUGGUAACACUGAUUGCUGGAGACGGUGUUUUUAUGUAAUGCACUGAGGUGGAGACCUCAGUAGAGAAAUGUAAAGACUGAUUUGAAUUUUAAGCUAAUGUGAAAUCUUGGCAGAGAACGUUUUAAUAAAUAAAUGCCUUAAGAGUAUUAAAAAAAUAAAAAUAAAAA